AUGGCAGCCACAGCGGCGGGUGAGAACAGCAGGUUAACUGGGGUGAGAAAGAAGGGGCAUGGCAAGUUCGCCGCAGCUAUCAAGCACCCGGUGACGAAGACGCUGUUGUGGCUGCGGACGUACCAGUCCCCCGAGGUCGCCACAUGUGCGUACGACCUCGCAGCACGGGAGCUGAAAGGCGCAAAGGCAAAGCUCAACUUUCCCUACCCUCCGCCGGCCAGACUGAUUAAGGAGGUGAUAUCUACACCGAGGCACCGCAGCCACGGUCAUGACACACUGCUCUUUCAGGUCGUUAUGUUGCCACCAGACCCCACAGCACCGCCUCCACCGCCGCCCAAGCUGGCAGUUUACUUUCCCUUCCCCUUUGAAGUGCCGGCCAGCGACACCCCACCGGUGCCAGCAUAUCCUUUCCGGCACAUGCCGCUUCCGGCACGAGCACGUCUCGGCCUGCAGCCGACGCACAUGCAUGCACCUGCUCCACAGCCACAACAGCCGAUCCGACGGAUGCAGAUCGUGGCGCAGGCGGAAAGCUGCUUAAGCUCCUCAUGUGAACCCCGAGGGGCUCCGUCUCGCCACCUGGUGUUCAAGAAACCCAAGUUGUUCGUCGUUCCCGUCACUCCUAGUGCUCCAACAGAAGGGACUGAUGAUAAUUUCACCAAGCCGUGGUAUUUCCCCGGUUCUCCUACUGUUUAG